UAGACAUACAAAAUUUUAUACACACACGGCGCGCGCGGUACGGACACGUACAACCGGAACACCUCUAUGAAAAACCGUGCGCAAGGCUUCAAAAUGGAUUUAAUGUUGAACACGAAAACGUCGGCUUUUGAGGAGAAUUUCUGGGGGGAAAAGAACCAGGGAUUUGCAUGUCUCUACCACAACAUGAAACACGGGCAGAUUUCCACAAGGGAAUUAGCGGACUUUAUACGAGAAAGAGCUGUAAUUGAAGAAGUCUAUUCCAAGAGUAUAAGCAAACAAGCCAAGACAGCAAGUAACAGCUCCUGUUUAGGCACAUUUGCGCCGUUCUGGCAACUGAUCAAGACUGCCACCGACAAAGUAUCCGCUGCCCACCACAAACUGAUUCAGAAGCUCCAGGACAUCGUCAAAGAAGUGCAGAAAUAUGGAGAGGAGCAGCAUAAAAAACACAAAGCGAUCAAAGGUGAAAUUCAGUGCACUGCCGACGCCGUCCAAAGCCUACAGACCACCCUAGACCUACUCAACAAAGCAAAGGAGCUGUACAACACGCGGUGUAUAGAGUUUGAAAGACUCAAAAAAGAAAACGCCAGCACUAAAGAGCAAGAAAAGGCCGAGGCCAAAUACAAAAAAGCGAUGGAGGAUUACAAGACGUACGUUGAGAAAUACGCCAACCUGAGGGCGGAUUUUGAGAAAAAGAUGACCAAAUCGUGUCAGCAAUUACAAUCUAUAGAAGAGGGCCAUCUACAACAGCUGAAGGAGUUUAUCAAGCAGUACAACAUAGCACAUAGGGAAUGUGGCUCCAGUGUAGAACAGGUUCAGGGAGAAUUCAGCCAACAGUGCGAAGACCUCACGUCGGUCAAACUCAUCGAGAUGUUCUCCGAAACAAAAGGCACGGGCAAAGAGAAGCCAGGUCCUGUCGUGUUUGAAGAGUGCGACGUCUCCAACAUCCCGAGCCCCGACCCAGACAAGAGCAAGAAACGAAAGACGAAGAAAGAGAAGACGAAGAAAACAAAGAAGGAAAAGGACGAAAAGGACGGGGAUACUCCAGACGCGCUCGCUUCCAGUAAACCCACAACAAUCAGUACCAUAUCCCCAACCACCCCUACUGACGCCUUCAUGUCGCCUAGCCCAUCCUUGUUAUCGCAGCAGAGCAGUAUGCUUCCGUGCAGCUCCAUGCCGGAUGUGCGAGGGCGGCCGAUGAGGAACAACAGCUCCAGCAUGUUCUCCUUCACUUCGUUUAUUGGCAACCACUCGACGUCGAGUCCACAGGUUGAUGAAGAAGGAUUCAGCAUCAGACCGCAAGAGGCCUCGCCAAAUGAGGCACCCACGCGGGACAGUUUCUACUCGGAGUCGGACUCCGACUCGGACAACGAGGACCGAACGAGGAAGAUCCACGUGGAGAUCAAGCCGGCCGUGGUGUCGGACAGCAACGGCGGUCCAACCGCCGCGUCCGUCGACGAGAUCAAGAAGUCGCUAGGAGGACUGACGCUGUCUCCGCCAAUUCUGAGGAAAGAUAAAUCAAAUGGUGACAUCAAGAGAAGAAACCAGACGGUUUUACGAAGCAGUGCGCAAUCCAGUGGCAACCUUCUAGAUCUAGAUUUUUUCGCGACCUCGUCUCCGACCUCUGACCUGAUGUCACCGACCAAUAACACCAGUUCUGCCACCACACCCAGCUCCACAGAUGCCGCAGACCUCCUGCACAGUCCGACCACGACCAGCGACAGCCUGCCCCCGGCGCUACCUGUCAAACAGAGGCACAGUAUGGGUGGGUUACCAGCAGCCACGACGACCACCCCAACAGGGGGUCCCAGCGCACCAACACCGCCCCCUAGAUCCACCAAUCGACCCUGGAGUGGGGUACAGUCGCCGGUUCCCCGCAGUGAGACCCCCAACAUGUUCAGGCAGGACAGUUCCUCCUCGUUAAACAACUCAGCCUUCAACGCCUCUUACGUCAUCGGUACCUCGCGGGGGCCCAGCCCGCUGACGUUGGGCAUGUCCGACACCAUUCCUAUAGCUGCCGCCUUCACCGAGUCGGUCAACGCCUACUUCAAGGGAACCGAUCAGUCCAAGUGUAUGGUGAAGAUCACCGGCGACCUGAUGUUAUCAUUCCCAGCCGGCAUCAUCCAGGCCCUGACUAGCAACCCUUCCCCUGCAGUACUCAGCUUCCGAGUCAAGAACUCAGACCGGCUGGAGCAGGUGCUACCCAACAAACAGCUCAUAACCAAUGACACUUCCCAAAGUACGUCCGAUAGUCAAGCCUAUUCCUUUAACAUGAGUAACCUUGUACUGUUACUAAAGAGACAAGCUGAGAAGAACGUAGCAGCAUCUUACUUUAAUGUAGACAUCCUCAAAUAUCAGGUCAAAGUUGAGCCAGAGGGCCGGUCCACCCCGCUCCAUCUGGUCAGCUACUGGAAGUGCGAGCCCACCACCACCGACGUGCGGAUAGACUUCGCCUACAACUCCUCGGCCGUGGAUCAGGCCGUGGAUCAGGCCGUGCCGCUCAGCAACGUCACGCUGAUCGUUCCCGUGGACGGUGGGGUGACCGUCAUGCAGUCCAAGCCUGCCGCCACGUGGUCGGCAGAGAGCAAGCGUGCCCUGUGGAAGAUCGGUGACAUUUCAGCCAGCAGCGAGAGCGGUCUGUCAGGCUCCAUCCGGGCCAAGUUUGAGCUGACGGAAGGCCCCAGCAAACCUGCCACGCUGGCCGUCCAGUUCAGCAGCGACGGCACCACGUUAUCCGGCCUGGAUAUCGAGCUGCUGACCACCUCCUACAGGCUGUCGCUGGUCAAGAAAAGAUUCACCACAGGUAAAUACCUAUCCGAGAGCUAACGUCAAAGCAAGUGCAUCCACUUCACAACUGCCUUGAAAAAGAAUUCAUUUUUUUCCAAGAUGGCCGACAUAACCUUCAAGAAAAGGGAAUCCUAAAUCUUGAGCAUCGUGUGGCCGUCUGUACUUCUUCCUCCGAAUAGCGGUAGAAAUCGUUGUCUUGCUCUUACAGUAAUGUAGAGGUACAUUUUUUUAAGAGUUUAGAACUUAAACAUCAGAUGAGAAUCAGCCAUGAAGUUUAUCAGAGAGGGGAGUUGUUUCUUCUGACAAGACAC